CUGUCAGUAUUUGUCGAUGAAAGAACUUUGUUGAUAGAAUUUCAUUGGUAUUGAACUAAUUUAUAAAACUUACAAAACUACUACGUACUACAUACUAUUUGUAUGUUUUUCUAUUACUACUACUAGUAAAUAAAUUAUCAGGUACUGUAUCUGUGUAGAAUAGUCGACAUCGUUUCAUCCUGGUUUUCUAAUUUUAAGUCCUGAAAGGCUGAAACGCCUGCUCUGGCAUCACCGGCAGACCAGACCCAGUUGUAGUUGUAGUUGUAGUUGUAGACGAGAAGUAGCCUUCUGUGGCUGGCUCUCUGAGUGAUCUGGGUAGGUUUGGGUUCGCUCGGAUUGCAGAAGAUGAGAGUAUAUUCCAUAUUCAUUCUCCUCGUGUUAUUCAUAGCUUCAUUUUUUAGAUCAGCAUCUUGUUCUCCCAAAUACCCUUUUCUUGGAAUUUCUCCUCAAGACGAAAAGUUCUACAAGCCAUCAUCAGAUAGCAUAAAGUGCAAAGACGGGUCCAAGAAAUUCUCUAAAUCCCAGCUGAAUGAUGACUUCUGCGAUUGCCCCGAUGGCACCGAUGAGCCUGGUACAUCGGCCUGCCCAACUGCAAAGUUCUACUGCCAAAAUGCUGGACACCUUCCGCAAUUCUUAUUUUCUUCCAGAGUGAAUGAUGGUAUAUGUGAUUGUUGUGAUGGGAGUGACGAGUAUGAUGGUAAAGUGAAGUGCCGCAAUACGUGCUGGGAGGCUGGCAAAGCAGCUAGAGAUAGGCUGCUCAAAAAAAUAUCUACAUAUAAGGAGGGGACUACACUGCGAAAGCUGGAAGUUGAACGGGUUAAAAUAGCCAUAGCCAAAGAUGAAGCAGAACUAACAAAGCUUAGAAAUGAGGAGAGGAUAUUGAAGGGCCUUGUUCAAGAGCUUAAAGAACGUAUAGAACAGAUCGAGAAAGCAGAGGAGAAAGCAAGGUUGCAGAAAGAAAAGGAAGAGAACAAAAAAAGAGAAGCAGAGGAAGCUUUAAGGGAAAAAGGGGAAUCUGAGGAAUGGAAGGUGGAAAAUGAAAGAGUUGAGGGAGAAGCUAGCAAUGAAGACAAGCCCACAGAAAGUACACAUGAUGAUAUAAUUGGAAACAUGGAUGAUUCUUCUUUAAAUGAGGACCUCAAAAUAGAUGACAGUGAUGGUGAUCCAGCAGCAGAAGUUGAAAAUAGUGAUGCUCCCAAAAGUGAAGGAGCUCCACUAAAUAGGGUAGAGGAGCAUGUGUCAGAUAAUAAAAAUGAGUCUGCUUCACCGAGACACAAGGAUGUUUCUUCUGUUGCAACUGAAAUUGAUCAUGAUGCUGGAAGCAAAGUAUCACCUGAUGAAGAUAAGAAAGCGAUAAGUUUCUCUAGUCUCCAGGAGAAUGAUGCAUCAUCUGAAAUUUCAGAGGGAUUGUCGAGGGAAGAGUUAGGUCGCGUUGUUGCAUCCCGUUGGACUGGGGAAAGUACUGAGAAUCAAGGUGGUACAAAAGAUAAUGCUGAUGACAGCCAUAAAGAGCUGCCUAAGGACACUUAUGAUGAGCAAUAUGAUGGCUAUGCUUCUGAUACUAAUGAAGACACUGGAAAAUAUGAUGACAAUGGAAAAUAUGAUGAUGAUGAUGAUGAGGAUGAUGAUAUAGAUGAACUGGAUGAAGGUUAUGAAGAGGAGAAUCAUGAUGUUACGACUUCAGAAAAAUCUGACUUAGAUGAUGAACCUGACUUGUCAGAUACAACUUCCUCAAAUAACCCAUCUUGGUUGGAGAAGAUACAACAAACAGUUAGGAAUAUUCUAGUGGCUGUUAAUGUAUUCCAAACUCCUUCAAACAUAUCAGAGGCUGCUGGUGUACGCAAGGAAUAUGAUGAAUCCAGUGCCAAGUUAUCUAAAAUACAAUCAAGAUUAUCAAGUUUGACACAAAAGCUAAAACAUGAUUUUGGACCAGAGAAGGAGUUCUACACAUUCUAUGAUUGUUGUUUUGAGAGCAAGCAGAAUAAGUAUGUUUACAAAGUGUGUCCAUACAAACAAGCUUCUCAGGAGGGCCACACAACAACUCGUUUGGGGCGUUGGGACAAAUUUGAGGACUCAUACAGGAUGAUGGUAUUUUCAAAUGGAGAUGGGUGCUGGAAUGGCCCAGAUAGGAGUAUGAAGGUGAAAUUAAGAUGCGGCUUAAAAAAUGAGAUCACUGAUGUUGAUGAACCAAGCCGUUGCGAAUAUGUAGCAUUAUUGUCCACCCCAGCUCUCUGCCUGGAAGAUAAGCUAAAGGAGCUGCAACAUAAACUAGACUUGAUGAAACAAGAACAACCUCGAGAACAUGAUGAACUUUGAGGAGCCUGGAUAGAAGUUUCCCGGACCUGGUAAAGGGUGAUUGCCUUCGGUACUAAUCUUAUCAUUAGAAUGCUUAUCAGUUCGAUCUUAGUAAUGAAGAAAUUUAGAAUGUGGCCUUUCUGAGCUGGUAGAGUGAAGGGUUCCAAGCAAUAUCUGAGAUGGCCUCCUGAAUAAAUUUUUUCAUAAUAUACUUCAUAUUGCAAUAACACGGAUGGAUUGAGGUGCAAUUAUAUUUGUCCGGCUGAGCUAAACUGAUUUUGGUAACAUUAAUUGGUCCUGUCAUACUUAUUUGAAUUUCUGCACAGGAUAAUUAUAAAAAAUACUGGUAGUAAGAGAUGACACUAGUUUCAGUGACCUGUGGUUCUGUUGACAAUUUGUUAACUGUCAAUUUUCUUAUUUCCAUAAUAUUCAUUUUUGACCAAUAUGGGAUUUCAAAGCACCAUUAACAAUAGAUGAUGUAUUUGUAGGGUUAGGAUUCUUUGGUGCGCAGGCGGUCCUGCUUAUUACUUUUUUUAAUUGCUAUAUCACGCAAUGAACCCGGAAUAUUGAUCAGGAAAAUUUCAUUAAAAUAGCUUGGAUUAUUCAAAGUUGUGUUUCAUUGCAAAAACAAUACUAUUCUUUUCAUUUAUAGCAACUUUUUUGUUGGAUACAAAAAGAACGCUGACCAAUGAGAUCUCAGUCAACAUGGCAAGCAGUUUGUUUUCAUGGCCGUCCAAGUCAAACUUUGAAUGAGUGCUUUUUACUCGGAAUCCAAUCGAAACUUUUACAGGCACUGUUUUUCUAUAGAUGUCAAACAUGGAUGGCAUCAGGCUCUGUUGUCCUAUUUUCCUUUGAAUUUUGACCGUCGUAUUCGCUAGUCAAUUGAUUUGAUUUUAAAUUUCUUUUUUCAAGAUCACGCAAAAAGCCUGACAGAGAAGGGUGACAGAGUAGUGGCUCAAAAGUGAAAUUGUUUUGUAGGUGCUGUUUUUGCGACUAAUAUAUCAUCGUGCAAAAUAGAGCAUGGUUUCGGGCAGCGCAGCUUGUAGGUUGUGGCAAUGCAGCUCGCAGGCUGCGCAACACACUGUAUAAAUUGUGCAACAUCUAGCAAAGACAAUACGGAAUGGCUAACCAAAAUAUGAAGAGCCGUGGACUUAAAUCCAAAAUAAGUGGUAGGAUUCUUGGGUUUACUCUACCUACGAGAUGUUCUGGAGAGUAUGAUUUGGAGCUUCAUAUAUGGAGGUUGUUAUGAAGUGGUUUCUUAACCUUUCUCUAAAAUGCAAGUGUUUCUCAUUUUCUAUGAACAAGUGUAGCAUUUCUGUGUGCUAGCGUAACGAAUUAUUACUCCUUGUGACCAAAAACAUAUUUUAGGACAGGCUUUAAUUUCUCACGGCUGUCUUUUCCCAUUAACCCAUGUUUUAUGCAACUUUCAUGUAACUAGCAUCCUUAUAACUUCCCACUCCCCACUCUCAUUUGUAAUUUCUCCUUGUUGGCCAAUAGAUAGUGAUCUACAUACUUCAUUUUGGAUCUUUUGGCAAUCUGACGAUUUAGCUCUCAAGAUUUUCUAUGCAAUUCUUUUUGUCUCUCUAAAAUUAUUCCAGCCAUCAUACUUUUCACCUUCCUCAACCAUCUUUUUCCUUCACCGUCACCAACUACCACAAUACUUGUCUCUAUCUAUUUUACU